AUGUCAGGGAUGGCAUCAGAUUUAAAUUUACACAGAGUUCAGCCGAAUAAUGGGACUGAAGUCACUGUGUUUGUAUUAAUGGGCUUCACAGAUAAUUUUGCGAUUCAAGUCUUGCUAUUUUUACUGUUUCUCGCAAUCUAUCUCUUUACUCUGGUAGGAAAUUUGGGUCUGGUUGUGUUGGUCAUCGGGGAUUCCCGACUCCACAACCCCAUGUACUAUUUUCUGAGUGUUUUGUCCUUUUUGGAUGCCUGCUAUUCCUCAGUUGUCACCCCCAAAAUGUUAGUCAACUUCCUGUCAGAGGACAAAUCCAUUUCCUAUUAUGGCUGUGCAGCACAGAUGCUUCUCUUUGUCACUUUUGGGUCUACAGAGAGCUUUCUCCUGGCUGCAAUGGCUUAUGAUCGCUAUGUGGCCAUCUACAACCCUCUCACGUACUCAGUGAGCAUGUCACCCAGAGUCUAUGUGUCACUCAUUGUUGGUUCCUAUAUCGGUGGCAUCUCGCACUCUUGUAUACAUACAUUUGCUACAUUUAGCCUGUCCUUCUGCGCAUCCAAUAAAAUUAGGCAUGUCUUCUGUGAUAUUCCCCCGCUUCUUGCUAUUUCUUGUUCUGAUACUCGCACCAACCAGAUUCUGCUCUUCUAUUUCGUGGGUUCCAUCGAGGCAGUCACCAUCCUGAUUGUUCUGAUCUCCUACGGUUUCAUCCUGUUAGCGAUUCUGAGGAUGCGUUCUGCUGAAGGAAGACGAAAAGUCUUUUCGACUUGUGGCUCUCACCUCACUGGAGUGUCAAUUUAUCAUGGGACAAUUCUCUUCAUGUAUGUGCGACCUAGAAGUUCUAGCUAUGCUUUAGGUCAUGAUAUGAUAGUGUCAAUAUUUUAUACUAUUGUGAUCCCCAUGCUGAAUCCCAUCAUCUACAGUUUAAGGAACAAAGAUGUAAAGGAAGCCAUGAGAAAAUUGUUGAGAGGAAUUGGUUUAUAA